AUGCAAGAGGAGCUAGACCAGUGGACGCUGCCGCGCGGGUACAGCAUGCGCAUCGCGGGGGCCAAGGUGACGGGCAAGCGCAAGGUGCGGUGGGUGUGUUUCCGGGGCGGCGAGGCGCGGAUCCACCACCGGCAGCCCGUGGACGAGUCGGUGGUGCUGCAGGCGCGAGCCCAGGGGCGGCGCAAGCCGACGACGGACCGCGCGAGCAAAAAGUGCGGCUGUCCAUUCCGGUUUGAGGUCGUCGAGACGGCUCGGGACAGCGACGUGUGGGUGCUGCACUACCCUAACGAGGAGCACAAGGUGCACAAUCACGGUCCCUCAGACACGACGAGUGACCCUCGCGCGAGGAAGUUGCCGGGGUAUAUGCUGGUUGAGGUGGAUGGAUGGUUGAUGGAGGGGUGGUUGGUGAGUAAGAUCCAGCAAGAGCUUCGCGCGAGGGGAUUUACGAAUGUGUUGAAUACGGAUCUGUAUAACCGAAAGAGACUGCUCAAGAAGGAUGGUGGGCAGGCGGGCAUGGCUGAGUGA